GUCCAGGUCUAGGUAACUGUGCCAUAUAUAAAUUACAUCCAAAGCCAGUUUCUCCCGCCUUCAUAGUCCAUCGUUCACUUCUCGCCUCCUGCCAGAGUAUCCCAUUCCGUUCCCUAAUGGCAACCCUUGUCUUCAUCCCCGGCGCAUGGAUCACCCGCCAGCUGUACCAGCCCUUCCUCGAUGCCUGUUCUGAUGCUGGGUACCCCGUUCACUAUGCGGCUUAUCCAUCCAUUGAUCCGGCCGAUCCCACUGUCGCAGACUGCAAGACAGACACGGAUGUGAUCAGGGAUACACUGCACAAAUUGGUCGAAGAGGAGGGUAAAGAUAUCUUCCUGAUGAUGCACUCGUAUGCUGGAAUGCCUGGUGCAGCUGCCGCCCUCGGUUUGGCCAAGUCGCAGCGAGUGCAACAAGGCAAGCGUGGCGGCGUGAUUGGAAUGGUGUUCAUCGCGGCCUUCCUGGUGCCGGAGGGAGUCAGCUGUGCAGGAUUACAGGGAGGGAAUCUUCCCCCGUGGAUUCUAUUGGACAAGCCCACUGCCAACCUUAACGUACCCGCUGACGCUAUCGCCAACUUUGCGGGAGAUGUUGAUCCGGCCCUUCUCAAGGACCUCAAUGCGAAGGUCAAACCGCAUGCAACUCUGGCAUUUACCUCGCCCCAGCCGGCUCCUGCAUGGGCGGAGGAAGCAUUCCAAGGAGGCUUGGCUUUCAUUGUCACCACGGGCGAUCCUGCCGUUCCGAAAGAAGCACAGUAUGGCAUGAUGGCUGCGACUCAGCAACAGUGGAUCGUCAGGGAAAUUGACAGCAGUCACUGUGCUCCAUUUAUUGAUCGGAUUGGGGAGACGGUUCGAUUGAUGGACGAGUGUGUGAAGGAAUUUCAACGUUGAAGUGCAUGCUAGGAUCUUAUUCUGUAACUCUCUAGCGAUGAUCGGCGUAGAAGCGUACAAAAUCAC